GCAAGCGGGGAUGCGUACGCAUCCAACAUCAAGAUAACGCAGGAGUUUAAUCUCAAUUAGAUGCCAGUCUGAUCACACGGAUUUUCUCUGCACGCACGGUCAACUUUUUCCCUUUCUUCGCCUUUCGGCUUGACCUUCGCUCACUUGCUCAUAUAAAGGCUCUCUACCCAUCACUUGGAACUCGACUUGGAGCUCCUACACUGCAAACAGGAUCUGGUGUGUCAUCUGUGAUGGGGGCAGCGGCCGAGGUUGGGAGCUUCGCCAACGGAUUUUUGGACAGCUUUGGUGCCGCUCCGGCUCCCGUUGGCUCUCAGUUUAUUCUCACCCCUGCCGGGGCGGUGGACUACAAUUCGGCGACCGGAUUGAUAAUGGGGGGACAGGGACAACAGCAAGAGCACCUAAUGUCUGCGGAGAGGCUGUCCCGGAGCCUGGCGGACCUCAGCCAUCUGAAGGGGAUUCUGAGGCGGAGGCAGCUGUACUGCAGGACCGGGUUCCACCUGGAGAUUCAUCCUGAUGGCACCGUGCAGGGCACCAGGAAAGACCACAGCAGAUUCGGUAUACUGGAAUUCAUCAGUUUAGCUGUGGGACUCGUCAGCAUCAAAGGGUUGGACAGUGGCCUUUACCUUGCCAUGAACAGCAAGGGAGAAUUGUACGGCUCUGAGAAGCUGUCAGCAGAAUGUGUUUUCAAAGAGCAAUUUGAAGAAAACUGGUACAACACCUACUCCUCUAACAUCUAUCGGCAUGGAGAGAAAGGUUCAUUUUAUUUUGUUGCUUUGAACAAAGAUGGGACGUCCCGUGAUGGAACAAGAUCAAGGAGGCAUCAGAGGUUCACUCACUUCCUACCAAGACCUGUAGAUCCAGAAAGAGUUCCAGAGCUGUACAGAGACAUACUGGGUCAGAGCUGAGGCAGAAUGAAUUAGCUGGUGAAAAGCAAGGUUAAAAGCAGAAGUGCACCCGAAGUCAUCCCCUUAAGGGAAAUGGAUGAUCUUGUUUAUGUGGACAAAAUAGGAUCGUAAAAGUGCACCAGAUCAACACUCCCCACUGCUGGCAUGGAGGAAGGAAAGAAAACCCGACUGGCUGGGGAGUGUGACUGAACAGCAUCAGGGAUCUUCUGUGGAACCUGUGAAGAGCCCCAUGACAGAGACUACUGGGGCUCCACAUAUUUUCACCUUAUCAGCCUAUGCAAAAGCCCUGGUGGCCAAACGGAUGAUCUUUAAAUUUUAUUAAGUUUCACUAAUGAAAUCCAACUAUCUGCUUGCCCAGACUGCAUGUUCAAAAGGACAAAGGUGUGAACUUGAUAGCUGAGAUUAACCACUGGCUGCUAGUAACCUUUUACUGCUGUGUCUUGUCAAUUUUGAUGUUUUGAGUCGACCUUUUAU